UCCCAAUUGUUAAACGAUAAUUAUCGAAUUUUAUGUGUUUCUUAUGUUGCCCAUUCCGUUUUCUCCAGCAUACUUUUCUUCUUAUUUUUUGUUCUGGGGAAUAUUGCUGUAAAGCAAGUGUCAGGAUACCUCUUGUGAAUAAAAAAAAAAACUUAAAGCAAGUGUCAGGAUACAUUUUGCGAAGGAAAACUAAAAGCAAGUGUCAGGAUAAACCUACAAAACGAUAGCCAUUGCUGCUGUAGCCAUCGAUAACUAUCAACACGUUUGCUUUAAACGCAAAUUCGUAAAUGGUGUCAUCACUAUUGACAUUUUUGUUGAAAGAAAAGAAAUAUAUUUCAUUUUUCAUUUGAGUUGACUAUUUUUUAGAAAAAAGAGAAUAAAAGAAAAAAAAGCGUGAAAAUUUUAUACAAAUUAUGAAAAAAAUGGAUUUGCCAACAAUUGAUUUAUUAUCAAUUUGAUAUUGAGCGUCAAAUCAGCCAGACAUACAAUCUCCCCUUUAAAAUAAAUUAGAAAUAAACAAAAAUCGAAAACCGUGCCGUGAAAUAAAAUUUAACGAAGACGACGACAAGGAAAAAGGAAUACAAAUUUUAUAAAAUAAUUACAACAACAAAUAAAAUUAACCACCAUCCCACAACACAUCAAUAGAGGCGGACCAAAUUAUAUAGUCUUUUUUUUGUAUACAAAUCACUCAAACUUUACAAUUUCUACAAAGAGAACAUACAAAAAUAAGAAAAAAUAAUAUAAAAAAAAAACAUUAAACAUUAAAUAGUGAACAAAUUCACAACGGUUCCACAAUGAUGAUCACUUUGGCAAUCAACAACAAACAAUAUCCAUACAAUUGAUUUUUUAAAAAAAUUAAAUUGUUGGAUUUUUGGCAAUUUUUAUGUAUGUUUCAACAAGGAGGUAAAUUUUAUUUAAAUGCAUCAAAUUGGAAACGUUAUCAGCCACUUAAUUACACAAAUAACAAUAAUAAAAUAAAGGAUAGAUAUCAAGAUAUCGACAAUCCAACAAACACAACGCAAACAGAACAUUUAAAAAAACUUACAUGCAAUUUCAAACAUUUAAAUAGAUUGAGAAAGACAAAAUCAAGUAACAGCCAAAAAACGGGUCUGAGAAAAGCGAACAGCUUAUAUAGCGUUAGCAGCGUCAAAGAACGCUUAGCAAACGAGGCCGGUUCUAAUACCGGCAUCGAUAUUUACAGGUUUAAACAGAAGAUGGCCAAUACUCUUUCCGUUAUGACGAACGUAUUGAGAAAUGUGGUCAGCAAACAGCGUAUACGCUACAAGGAGAAAGGUUUUAAUUUGGAUUUAGCCUAUGUAUGUGAUAAUAUUAUUGCCAUGGGUUAUCCAGCAGACAAUUAUGAGAGUAUGUACCGAAAUCCUUUAGGGGAUGUUUACAAAUUUUUAGAAGAUAAUCAUCAUGAUCAUUAUAAAAUAUAUAAUCUAUGUCUUGAGCGCAGCUAUGAUAUUACAAAGUUUCAUGGGCGAGUUUCUGUUUACCCUUUUGAGGAUCAUAACCCACCUACGAUAGAAUUAAUACUGAAAUUUUGUGAUGAUGUAGACAAUUGGCUAAAAGCAGACGCUCUCAAUGUGGCUGCAGUACAUUGUAAAGCCGGUAAAGGUCGGACUGGAACCAUGAUCUGUUGUUAUUUGCUUUAUAGUGGUCAACAGCAUACAGCUGAAGAUGCUUUAGCAUGUUACGAUGAAAAACGUACCAAGGAUCGCAAGGGUGUAACGAUUCCAUCGCAACGUCGUUAUGUUCAGUAUUUUUCCAAAUUAAUGAGAUUGGGUUUACCGUACGAGCGUCGUACCCUACAGUUUUGCGAAAUACGUUUUUCGAAGGCCAAUACGUUACAUAGUCAGGGUAGCGUACAUUGCUCAAUUUCUGUAUUACAAGAUAAAGUGCAGCAAUUGCAAAAUUUUCCAAUUGAUUUUCGCAAACAUAAUGUGCUGGAUAUGAAGAAUCCACCCCUACCCGUAGCGGGUGAUAUUAAAGUCGAAUUAACGAAAAAUAAUAAGAAAAUAUUUCAUUUUUGGUUUAAUACAUUUUUUGUAACUGAUUCUUCUGUUAUUGAGGGUGAAGGCGAUGAUGUUAAAUUUGUUUAUACUUUACAAAAAUGGGAAAUCGAUGAUGUACACAAGGACAAAUGUUAUCCUGAAGAUUUUAAGGUGGAACUUGUGUUUUAUGUCGAUGACACCAAUGUUGAUCGUGAUCAUAUGAAAGUUUCUAGUAGUAAUCGUUUAACUUCAAAUCAUCGGACUACAAUGCAAAAUGCUGGAGCAGUGCGAAUGUCAACACAGAAUCAGCAACAAUCAAACAACUAUUCGUUGCCACAGAAUAAUAGCAGUGGCAGUGAAAUGAACUAUUUAUGUGAUCAAAAAUCAUCCUCAUCGACAUCGGUCAGUAGUAGUUUAGGGGUUGGUGGUGGAACGGAUACCAGUAAUGGCUAUGAAUCAAUUAGAAGUACAGCACAACGAAAGAUUGGUGUUGUGCCAACGUUUGGUAAUCAUCAUAGUAAUCACUAUAUGACAGCUACAGAUGUUGUCAAUAAUAGUGAAGUGUUUUCAGCGCCAACUCCUGCACAGCAUAUGACGCUACCACCGAGUUAUAUGGAACAGCACCAACAACAGCAUCAUCAUCCACAGCAACAACUACAACAGCAGCAGCAUAAAAACAAUAUGCCACAACAGAAUCAGCAACAACAACAGAAAAAUAUGAUGACACUGGCCUCAACGACAAAUCAAAGGCAUUUGCAAAGACAAGUUGCUGGUGGUGGAGGUGGAGGAGAUGUACAUGCUCAUCAUCCCAAUAAUAUGGAUGCUGCAACUGCAUUUCAACCGUCCACCAAUGUAAAUGCCAACAAAUCCAGCAGCAACAGCAGCAGUGGCAACAAUAGCACCCAUAACAUGGCUAGCAACAGCUACAAUCACAACCACAGUAACAAUAGCAGCAAGACUAGUAGUGUCAGUAGCCAAUCAUCGUCAUCAGCCAUUGGAGAUAAUGAAGAGGACUGGGAAUCCGGUGAGUCCCAAGCUAAACAACUUGAACACAUUACUUUACUACUUUCUACUUCCUCUAUAACAAAUCCAACUUCCACUCUUCCUCCUUCUCCUCUUCCCCCUUCCUCUACUACUACCUCUCCUUCCAAUCAACCUGCUCCACCUCUUCCUCCUUCAAACACUACCAAUCCAACCAGUUUCCCUAAUACCCUAAGAAAUUGUAAAAAUCUUAAUAGCGGUAUUUCCAACACUUCCAAUACCUCUUCCUCAUCCUCCUCCUCCACUUCCGUAUCCUCUGCUUCCAAAUGUCCUUCUAACAAUAAAAGUAAAACUAGCAAUAGUAGUUGUACAAAUAGAGUUGUUGGUGGUGAUGAUGAUGAUGAUGAUAAUAAUAAAAAUAAAAAUAAUGACGACGACAGAAAAUUUAAAUUUAAGAAAUUAAACUCGAACCAAGUGGUAAAACCAGUCCCCAAUACAUCAACAGAUACUAACACUAAGUCUGUAGAGUUCAAGGUCGGAGACAACAAUAUUACAAGUAGUAUUGCGUGUGAGGCUGAGGUUCAUCCCAAUAAUCGUCCCAAGUUAAUGCAUCUCUUAAUGGCCCCCAAAAAUCCGCAACAACAGCAACAAUCUCCACACAAACCUAUUUUCAAACGUAAAUCUUCUUAUAAGCUCGUUAAGGGUUCAAAUUCAAACGGCAGCACUUUAGCCGAUUGCUCAGAUGAUUCUUUGGCCUCCUCGACUGCCCUUGCUGCGGGUAGUGGAGGCGGAGUGGCGAUCUCUUCGAAGCUGAAACUAAAAAUCAAAUUGAAAAAGAACAAACUAAAGUUGUCACAAAAAUUUCAAUGGUUUCAAAACUAUUUCCGUACUGAUCCAGUGGAUUUCUGUGAAAACUUUGUUCAACAGACCACCUCCAUGAGGCGUAAUAGUAUGUGCAGUAUGGCUAGUCGUACCCACAAAUUGUCCACGACCACUCCGCCUUCCGUCACCCCACCCCCGCCAGUUGUUAAUGCGGGUUCUUCUUGCGAACAAUUAGAUCGAGCGACCAGUGUCAAUUCUGUGUCCACAUCGAAUGCAAGCAUAGCCACCGGUGACCUCUGUGAAGAUUAUUACUCUUCCAUCUGUGACAAUCAAUUAAGCUUUAGUAACUCGCCCUGUAAAAGUCCACGCUCUAUGGCGGACAUGGCAAGUAGUAUUAGUGGUGGCAGAGCUGGUGGCAUUGCCAUGAGCCAUGGCAGUAGUUUCGGUAGUAGUUUCACAAGAAGUGUAGGAGUUUCAAAUUCAUAUUUACGCGAGCGUAGAGAAACAUUGCCCAGUUGCAGCAGUUCUCAUGCCAACAAUAAUCGACGGAACAGUAAUAAUGUGGUGAUUGUGGCAGCUAAGCCGGCUAAAAUACAUGCAAUAGGUUUCAAUGUCAAAACAACGACGAAUUUGGCCAGACAGGAUUCAUUUGAAACAAAUGGCGAAGAUGAUAAUGAUGAUUUAGAAGAGUCACCGGCCAGUAUUUAUUACACACCGUCUAGCGCUUUAAUACACACAGGUGACGCUAACGAACACACACAAACAGCAUUUGUUUUUCCACAAGUACCAGAAGCAUCUGAAAAGGCGUUAGAUAAUGUGGAGCAAAAGCCCAAAAAAACUAACGUUACGACGACUACCGGGUCCAUAACAAAGCCACAGGCAAAAUAUUCUUUGAAUUUGGUAAUAGUGAAAGAAUGCACUGAACCGCCACCAUCUACAGAAAUAACGAAACCACCAUCAGCUGGCAGUAAUAAUGAAUCGGAUGGCAUUGAUUCAGACUGUUGUGAUAUUGGCCACAAGAAAAUAAAUGAGCUUAGGCUACAAGACGAUAUUGGUUCGGUCACACUGUCAGAAGAACUAGAGAUGGGCAAAGUAACAGCCACUACUACGGCGGCCUCUGUGUGCAGCAAUAGUAGUAGCAGUGGUUUCUGUACCAGUGAAUGUUGUACUACAAAUAGUAGUAGCAGUAGUUGCAAUUGCAAUCCAUUCGCAAUUGAUUUAGAGCGACAUGUGGCCACCGUUAAACAAGAUCAACAACCCACCACCAUACGAGAAGUUGUUGAAGCUAAUACCAGCGAUAACGACAAUGGGCCCACUACGAAGAAUGCAACUAAGGCAAGUGAUGCUGAACUCUUAACAGAAGUCUCCUUAAAUUCAAACACAGAGGUACCGACGACUUCUAUCGAUAAAUGUGAUCAAUAAUAAAUACAUAGUAUGAUGUUUAGGUUUGAUUUUCAAUUGUUUCAAUUGACAAAUGUGUGGUGGCAAUAUUUAUUAGUUUUGUGUAUGUGUGUAAAUGUUUUCUUUUCCUUUUAAAUUUCCCUUACAAUCUUUUAAAUAUUAAUAAUAUUCCUUCCCUCAUUACAUGGCUAGAGGAAUAAUUAGGACUACUAUCCAUUGUUGUUUUGUUAUUACUACUACUACUACUGCUAUUGUACUAUUCAGAAGAAACAAAAAAACAUACAUAUAAUCGUUUUUCACACUUUGUAACCAAUCAUCAUUCUUUCAAGAUGAAAAAUCUAAGAAAAUUAUUUUAAUAUUUAAUUUAAUUAAAUUUUAAAAAUUUGAAUUAUCUUAUAAUUCCAUCCAUUUAUUGUCUUUGUUGCUACAUAAAUGUGGCUUUCGAAUUCACUGUGUUUAAUUUUUCAAAUUUAUAUUUUUUUUAAAUUACAAAUUAAAAAAAAAAAACAAAACAAAACAAAACAUGAUCUCCAAUCUAAGAUUAGUACUCACUCAUCUCUUUAAUGUAUAAGAAAAAAAUCAUCAGCAGUGUAUACUUUUUUGUUUGUUUCUUUUUAUACAUUUGUAUUUCAAAAUUUUGAGAAUUGUAUAAAAUCGAGUAUUUAGUUAGAAAUUCGAAAAUAUGUCUAAUUCGAAUAAAAUUAUGAUAAAAACAAGAUAACGAGUUUAAUUUAAUUUUUUUCUUUGGUUUCUAUUUUUUUUGGUAUUUUAAAAUUUGUUAAGAAGAUGAUUAAGUUUCAUUAUGAAUUAAAGAAAAGCCUAUAUAACAAUGGAUUGCUUCUACUUUUAGAUCAAGAGGUUUGAUAUAUUGAAUUUUCUUGUAUCAAUUGAUAAUUUUUUUAAAAACCGAAAGAUUUUAUCAGACCUUGAUUUCGAAAUUUAUUACAUGAUUCGAAGAUUAACUGCAAAUAACUACUGUUCGAAAAAUAGGUUUUGAAAAUCGAUUUCACUUGAAAUUUUAAAAUAAAAGAUUGUUUCUUUUUUAACGUUCCGUUUUUACCCAGAGAUUAGUUGCUCAAUUAAAUUCCUACCAAAUUGUAGUCUUUAAACUUUGAUUAUUUUUUCUUUUCGAAGUGAGUUAUUGAAUUACAUUCAAGGGUCUACAUCGUUUAUAAAAUAAACAUGUUUGAACACUUUGAAACAUUUUGUUGUAACAAUGAAAUGAUCGGUAUUUUCAUCAUUGGAACUGAUUGUUCUCUCGAAAAUAAUGUUUGUUUUGAAUCAAAGUGCACGUCCUAAAAUGUCUCUAGAUACCUCCUUGAAAGCGCUUUUGAAUCGAAACAAUUUGGCAGGGAAUGGAUUCUAUAAGUUAUUACAACAUAUCACUAGUUCCAAGGUUGUUAUUCAAGUAGUCGUAGCGGCAUUCGGUCUUCAACUUGAACUAGUUCUUAAAAAAAUCCUUUAAAACACUUUAGAAAUACAACAUCCUCGAGACCUCGAAAGCUCGAAACAGAUAGUGAGACUUACAUCGAAUAUUUGUUCUUCUAGUUCCAUAAUAAGAAAAUACUGUUUGUUUUGAGCCAAAUUAGUGGAGCCUUGAGAACUCUUUGGAUGUGCCUGAGGAACAAAAUAAUCUUCCAUAGAAUUGGUUUUCGAAGCCAUUGCGACAUAUCACUAGUUCCGAAAUUUUUAGUCAAACACCUAGAACUAGAACUGUUUCUUUAAAAAAUCCUUAAAAACACUUUAGAAACAUAACAUCCUCGUAACAUCGAAACAGAUUGUGGGAUUUUUUUUAGAAUAUUUGUUCUUCUAGAGCAAUAAUAUUGUGGCUACUCUUUGUUUUUAACCCAACGUAGUGAAGCCUAGAAAACUUCUUGGCUGUGCCUAAGGAACACAACGAUCUUCCAUAGAAUUGGUUUUCGAAGUCAUAUCACUAGUUCCAAAGUUUUUACUCAACUGUUUCUUAAAAAACUCAUUAAAAACACUUUAGAAACAUAACAUUUUCAUUCUCGAAACAGAUUGAAGGAUUUUUAUGCAAUAUUAGUUCUUCUAAUUCCAUAAUGCUGUCUAGAAAAUACUGUUUGUUUUGAGCCAAAGUACUGGGAUCUAGAAAACUCCUUAGAUUUACCUAAGCAACACAGUAAUCUUCCAUAUAAUUGGUUUUCGAAGUCAUAACACUAGUUCCAAAGUUUUUACUCAAAAACCUAGAGUUCUAGUUCUAGUUUCUUAAAAAAUCCUUAAAAACACUUUAGAAACACAACGUUCUCAUCCUCGAAACUGAUUGUGAGAUUUUUAUCGAAUAUUUGAUCUUGUAGUUCCAUAGUUUGUUCUGAGCCAAAGUACUGGGACCCCUUGGAUGUGCCUAAGGAACACAAUAAUCUUCCAUAGAACUGGUUUUCGAAGUCAUUACGACAUAUUACUAGUUCUAAAGUUGUUACCCAAAACCUGAAGUGCUAUUUAUUCUACAACUAGAACUGGUUUUAUUAAAAACUCCUUAAAAAAACUUCAGAAUUAUACCCUUGUUCUAGAGAACUUAUUCUAGAAGUAAUUUCCAGAUAUUGGCAAUUCCAAGGUUGGUAACCUUGUUUAUAAUGUGGUUCUGUUUACACUCGUUCCAGAAGUAUUUCGCUAAGAACAACUUUUUAAGAAUUUUUCUAAUUUUUCCAAAUAUUUGAUAUUAAUUGCCUUUUACACAUAUUUUCUUUAAGAUACACCAAAAAUAACAAUUCAAAAUCGUGUUUUACCAAAACUUAUUGGUUUAUAUCAAACUUUUUAAGGUGAAGGAAAGAAAACGAACAGAUUAGAAAUCGUUAAAGUAAGAUUUUGUUUCAUAAGACAGGCCAGAGUCUAUCCAGAUACCAAAGUACACUUUUCAAAAGGAUUGAGCUGUGCUGAAUCCGAAUGUGAGUUCAUGUUAAAGAGAUAUCUUUGUCUUAGGGUUUAAACACCCAUUUUUCUACAUAUUCGAGACAUUAUAACAGCCUGAAGUAUCCCUUAUUAAUAAAAUUUAUAAUCUGAAGGUCCUAUCUAUUGGCUUCAAAAUAAAGGUUUAAUCAAGGUUUCUUUGGAGACUAAGAUAUCGGAGUCUGUGGUCAUAUCCAGCACAGUUUAAUUCUUCGAAAGAAGUAUACUAUAGUCCUUAGGUUUUGACUUUUAUUAAAUUUUGUCGUCCUUUGUCAUAAAAAAAACGAUUUUCCACUUUAAAUCAAGUCUUAUCGGUGAGAUUGUAUUAUAAAGCUUUUUUUCUCUCUCUCUUUUUUCAUAAAGAAAUUAAAACCGAAAAUUUUUCUAUAAUUUGCUUUGAUAUGUAGAACCUGAAACGUUUUUUUUUUU